CAUCUAUUAUAUCUCUUAAUUUUUCUUCUUAUUUACUGAUUUUUUUUUUGGUGAAUUAUUCAAGCGAGUCUCACAAUCCCUCUAACUACUAGAAAAAGUGGUUGUUAAGUUAUGGCGGGGAAGGGUGUUGGGUGUGUGGCAAAGGCAGUAGCAGAAUAUCAAUAUCCUUGGCGUGAGAAGUUGGUGAAAUAUAAGGAUGAACUUGCCAAGGGUGUGUGGGGAUACUGGGAGCUAGGGGCCUGGAAGCCACUCAGUAUCAGUGCUAGGCGUCGUGCUAGACUCCGCAAGGAAGUCCUCCUUGCUGGGGAAGAUUGGCCCUAUGAUCCUCAAAGGAAGGAGAUGAAGACCAAGAGGAAGGGCCACAAAUGUGAUAGGAUUGCCGCCGAGAAGCGUGAAAACACUGUGAAGUUGAUGGAGAAGAUGCCCCAGAUGUUGCUGGAUUACAAGAAGAGAAGGUGGCAGAAGAAGAUGAAGGAGGAAGACAAGGGAAAACUUUGAUUUUCCUCCUCCUCUAGUUUUGCCAAGAUUCAUCACAAACUUUGCCUAUGGUGUAUUUACUCAUGCAAUGUUGCACUUGUUUUUGAGCUUAAUGGAUGAUUAGCUUUUGUUAUGUGUUUCAAACUUUAAAUUCAUAAUACAACCCUUUCAAGAGGCCUUGUGAUUAUCAGGGGGGCAGAAAGCUUAUUUCUACAAUGGAAAUUACUGUUAUAUGGUUUUUGUUUAUGGAUAUGAUUGGUGCUUGUAAUAGCAUUUAUUU